UAUGAAGACGUUGUCAAAUAGUAAUGGACUAUUUUCGAUUUUUGCCUACAUUCGUCUGAGUUAUUUACUCGGCGGUAUGAAUGAUUCGAAGACCUCUUCUCUUAUCAGCCUUUUUGAAGAAAGUGGUAGUGAUGAUAUAUUUGUAAUAUACGAUAAUGGAUCUGAAAAGCCAUCUCAGAUAUCUUAUUCAGACUUUUUUAAACUUUCUUCUGAGGUUUGUCAAUUUAUACAGACUUUCAAAACUGUUGAAUUUGAAGGAACUCCUAUUAUCGCCCAUACUGUUACAAACAGCUGCUAUGCUCCUCCCCUAUUGUAUGGAAUUUUAAAAGCCAAGUGUGCAUUCUUAAAUCUUGAUGUUACGUAUGACGUUCUCUUCGUGAAAACCUUAUUGGAAAAAACUUGUUCCAAGUUUUUAAUAACUUUAAAAACUCAAUCUACUAUACUAAGAAAUAGAUGGAAAGAAAUAAUUAAUGAUUCCUAUGAAUUUGAACAUUUUGGACAGUAUUUUGUUCUUCAUAGAACUAAAAUAAAGAUCAAUGAGAAAAAUUGUCAUAAAGAUAUUGCAUACGCAAUUACAACGUCAGGAACAACAGGAAUACCAAAACUGGUUUUUGUUCCAAACACCUGUAUUUUACCUAAUAUUUUAGACUUUGCCAAAAUAUACCGUUUAAAACCGAAAGAUAUAUUUUUUACAGCAUCUCCUUUAACCUUUGAUCCGGCUAUUGUUGAUAUUUUUUCCUGUUUGUACUCAAAAGCUACAAUUCUCUUAGUAAGCGAUGAACUUAAGAGUCUUCCCGAAAAAAUUGCCAAAAUUCUCAAUGAUCUUAAAAUUAAAGGCUUUCAAUGCACUCCUUCUUUUUUUUUAAGAAUAUCUCCUUACCUGAAUCCUUACUUGGAGUUAGAUUUGAUAGCUUUAGGAGGUGAGAGAUUUCCAACCAUGAACUUUAUUAGAUCCUGGAAUAAAGACAGAGCUACGAGAUUUCUAAAUUUGUAUGGAAUCACUGAGCUUUCCUCAUGGGCAUUUUUUAAUGAACUAGACUUAACUCAAGAAGAAUGCGAUCUUGGACAACCCCUUUCAGAAACUGCCUAUGAAAUUGAAGAUAAUGUUUUGCAUUUGAAAAGUGAAACUCGCUAUUGUUUUAUUGAUGACGAAUCGUCUCCAGUAUUUUGUCGGUCUACUGGUGAUAUUGUUGAAAAACGAGAUGAAAAGCUUUACUAUUCAGGAAGAAGAGAUUCCCGUUUAAAACGUCAAGGAAAGAGGUUAGAUCUAAUUGAACUAGAACGUUGCGUUAUUCUAAAUAACCCAGUUUUAUUAUGUUCUGCAACUGUUUGGAAAGGUGAUUUAAUUAUAAUUGUUAAACUGAAUCAAGUAGAAAUAGAUGAAAAGCAAAUAAGGCAAUCUAUAAAGAAACUUCCUCCACAUUAUACUCCAACAAAAGUUAUCCUUCUUAAUGAUAUCCCAUUAACCAUUAAUGGAAAAAUCGAUAUAGAGGAGUGUUUAAAUCAAAAAGAAGUUUGUGUUAAACAUGAAACACUAGUGAAGAUUUUUUAUAGAGUGUUAAAUACAUUUGGGACAUUCCCUGAAAACAUUGUCAAAAACAGUAAUCUCUCAAGCUAUGGUAUGGACUCUACUCAAGCUGUAGCAAUUUCAGAAACACUUCAAGGCGAAUUAGGUUUGAAACUACCAAAGUUAACAGAAUUGCUACUGACAAAAAAUUUGUUCCAGAUUGAGGAAUAUUUAAAAGAACCGUCAAAUGAAGAUACUCUUGAUGAACCAUCGCAAAAAGCAAUAAAAUUAAGUGAUAGUAAAGAUAUUUGCACAUGUUCUUCUUUGACUAAAUCGUACUCUCUGACCAAAACAAAUAUGUGUUACGAGCAUUCCUAUUGUGACAAUUGUGGCAAUUGCAAUGCCACAUCUGUUUCAUACUCCGAUAUUCCUUUUCAAUGUAAGACUCCUAUUCACAGUAUGGAGGUAAAAUGGAAAAUUAAUGCAGGAAAAUGCAUAGAUGCUUCACCUCUUGUAGUAAUUAAAGACCAACUUGAGCUUGUUGUUAUCGGAUCUCAUUCGCAUAAAGCAUUGGCUGUAGAUAUUGGGACAUCUAAAAUAUUUUGGGAGAUAGAAGUUGGUGAUAGAAUUGAAGGAUCUGCAUGCUUAAGUCCAUGCUCAAACUAUGUAUUGUUUGGAUGCUACGAUUCUAGCUUAUACAUAUGUCAUUUAUCAAAUGGCUUAAUAUUUAAGAAGAUUUCAACAGAUGGUUUAGUAAAAUGCUGUCCAACUAUUAAUGCAAAUAAAUUCUAUUUUGGAUGUUAUGGUGGAGCGAUUUACGGAGUUAAAAUUACAAGGGGAAAGUUAGUUAUUGAGAAAAAGUCGUUAAAUAGUGGUCCAAUUUAUGCUCAAAUUACUGUGUUCAAAAACAAUUUAUUAGUAUCAACUUUGAGGGGAGCUUUUUAUUGUAUUAGUAGGAAUACUCUAAAGAUCUUUUGGAAAUUCCAGUGCCAACAACCGUUCUUCACAACACCUGUUCCAUCUAAUGAUGGAAUUAUUAUUGCAAAUGUUUGCGGUGAGAUUCUUAAAUUAAAUUGGGAAAAAAAUCAAAUGUGGAAUUGUCAACUUCCUGGUCAAAUAUAUUCUUCCCCACUUAAAAUUGGCAAUUUUAUUUUUAUUGGUUGCAAUGACUCAAAUAUUUACAAACUCAAUUGGAUAACAGGAGAUAUACAUUGGAAAUUUACAGCCAACUCUCAAAUUUUUUCCAGUCCUUGCCUAGUCGGAGAUUUCAUUGCCUUUGCUUCAACAGUUGGUCAUAUAUACCUUAUUGAUAAAAAUGGUAAACACUCAGAAAGUCUCGAGCUAACAGUACAGGGAGAAAUAUUCUCAUCAAUAGUUUCUUUCCGAAAUACAUUGCUAGUAGGCUGCAGAGAUGAUCAUUUGUACUUCAUACAAACAUUAAAUAAAUAG